CUAGCUAAAAGUGCAUGAAAUAGCAACCCUGUGAUAUACACGUGCAACCGGUGUUUUGAUUCUUAAGAUCACUAUAGUAAAACAUUUAGAAUUAUAUUAAACAAAAGUAAAUUCUACAUUUAAAUUUAACCAAUUAAUUAUGGGUAAAAAGGAUAAGAAUAAGAAGAAAGGUAAAGGUGCCGAAAAGACGGCAAUGAAAACGGACAAGAAGUUAGCAGCCAAACAAAAACGCAUGCUUGAGAAGCUUGGUGAGACUGAUAUAGCUGAGGUGGUAGCCAAGUUAGAGGCCGAGGAAGCGCGUCGUAAAACCGUCACAGAAGAGAUAUGUCCACCACCAACGUCACGUUCGAAUUUCACAUUUGUUGCUCAUCCUGAAAAAGACGAGCUCAUACUUUUUGGUGGGGAAUUCUAUAAUGGUCAACGCGUUUGUGUUUACAAUGAUUUGUUCUUCUAUAAUAUUGCGAAAAACGAAUGGAAGCAAGUGAAAUCACCCGCAGGACCCGCACCACGUAGCGGACAUCAAAUGGUGGCAGUGGCUUCUGACGGCGGCCAAUUAUGGGUUUUCGGUGGUGAGCAUGCAAGUCCUUCGCAACUACAAUUCUAUCAUUACAAAGAUCUUUGGGUGAUGCGUAUGAAAACGCGUACAUGGGAAAAAGUGAAUGCGCCAAAUGGACCGAGCGCACGUAGCGGUCAUAGAAUGGUUGCCAAUAAAAAACGGCUUUUUAUUUUUGGUGGUUUUCACGAUAAUAAUCAGUCAUAUCGAUAUUUUAAUGAUGUACACGUAUUUUCCUUGGAAACGUAUGUUUGGUUGAAGAUCGACGUGAGUGGUGCAAUCGUACCAGCACCUCGUUCCGGUUGUUGUAUGGCUGCUUGUCCAGAUGGAAAAGUGCUUAUAUGGGGUGGUUAUUCAAAGGCAGCAAUCAAGAAAGAUGCAGAUCGCGGUGUUGCACACACAGACAUGUUUUCGCUUGUGCCUGAUAAGACCAACCCCAACGAUAAAUUUAAAUGGGUCACAGUAAAACCUGGCGGUUAUAGACCACUUCCACGAAGUAGUGUUAGUUGUGCGACAGCUGCCAAUGGUAAGUCGUACUGUUUUGGUGGAGUCAUGGACGUUGAUGAAGAUGAGGAAGAUAUCAAAGGACAGUUUGGCGAGGAGCUUUUAUCAUUGGACUUAGCUACGCAAACCUGGCGAUUAUUAGAAAUAUGUAAAAAAGAAAAGAACGCCAACAAGAAAAACAAAGAUCCAACGACACCGGAUGUCGAAAUGGAAGUCGGUUCAAACUCGACUGGAACCACAACUACAGAUGGAAUAUUUACCGUCACGGUGGCAGGUCCGAGUGCGGGCAGUAGUGUAUCUUUACCAAAAGUGCCUAGUUUGUUUCCAAAUAGACGACCGAAGAAUGUGCCUUCACCGCGCAUGAACUCGGGAAUAUGUGUAUCUAAAGGUGUACUCUACGUUUACGGUGGAUUGUAUGAAGAAGACAACAAGCAAUAUACAUUCAAUGAUUUUUAUGCAUUGGAUUUGCAUAAAUUAGAUGAAUGGAAAUCUAUCAUUUCCAAUGAUAUGAAUGCUCAUGAGUGGGUUGACAGCGAAAGUAGCGAUUCGGAUGAGGAUGAUAGCGGUGAAAGUGACAGCGACAGUGAUGACGAUGAUAGUGAUGGAAUGGAAACUGACUAAUUGUUAAUUAUAAUAACUAAUAAACUUGGGCAAUACAUAGAUUCUCAUCUUUGUAAGUCUUUUAAAAAAUA